AUGAAACGAGAAAGAUUACGAAGAUUUGUGGCUGUAAGUUCUCGUGAAUUAAAUUCUCAACUUUUAGUGGCAAUACGCAUCCAAAAGGACCACAGUUAGAGCCGGGAGCCGACAACUCAACAAGAUCUUUAUUUACAUGGGCAUGCAGCAAAAGGACGAAAAGAAAUUUGAAAGAUAUGUAAGUUGAAUAGCCUGUUUUCACCUUUGAAAUUCAGUAUUCCGAGGAACGGGUAAAUGCUGCACUAGGUCUUAAUCGUAUUGAAUAUAUGCAUUUCCGUAACAUGCUGGAUCAAGCACAUAUUCUGUUAGAUAACACCUGUCUCGCACAAUUGGCCAUUUAUGAACCAAGGACAUUCGAGGUACGUUUCUCUGUUUUUUGAUUUAUUUUUGUGUUUUUAGAGUAUAGUGAACCUGACCAGAAAAAUGUCGUUAGAAGAUGGAAGGGAUGUUUUGGAUGAUGACGUUCUGCAGAACGUUGAAUUCAGACCAGAUUGGUUAGGUGACCCCCUACCGAGAUCCAUUUACUAUCAGAAAGGACCGGCGAAGGACUUUAGCCAGACACCCAGAAAAUUGCGUGUGGAUGAAUUCUAA